AUGAUAAAUCCUAAGCCUACCAGUCGGCCUACCUCGCCUACAUUACAGCAUCCUGUCCCUCAGCGACCUGCUACUUUGAGAAGACGCAUUUCUUCGGGUUUAGACACUUUCAUGUCAGUCUUGCAAUUGCGGAAGACAACUCCAAAGCAAGAUCCAGCUCCACGACCGAUAACGGCACCUGCACCAAUUCGACCAUUUGUACACCAAGGUAUCAAUAUUGCUCAAGCUACAGAAAAACAAGGCCCGACUCCAGAGCUACACCAGUCUUCCCGGGGUGAAUAUGAGCAGCCAUGUCCGUAUGAUAGGACCAAGUACCACUCUUUCUCAAUCAUUGAGCGUUCUCGGUGUACCUUUUGCGGCAUGCGAUCAUCCAGACCCAAUUCCAGCGAGCCCUGUCAUGACUGUCGGUCCAAGAGCCCCUUUUCGCAUAUCAAAAUGGGUUUCCGACAGAAAUUGACACCUGAAGAUAACAAAAACAUAAGGCAUUCCAAUUCAAAUUUCUCUCUCAGACCUAGCACCUCAUCUGAUGAAGGCCCACGCAUCGUGUCUCCUGAGAUUGCAGCAAAGAGGAUCGGUAACCCACCCAGAAGAGCAGCACUUCCAGUACAGCGCCCGGGAGCUAUAAGCAAUAUCCUCAACCCGCCCUCUGAUCACCCGGCAUUCCGACCACCAGAACACAAUUUAAUCUCCUCUGCCGGAAGCGCUCCCAAGGGCAACGACGUGAGAACCACUAGCCCCAAACUGCAUUAUCUACAUGGCUUACCCGACUCCAAGGCAUACCCGUAUGUUCACAAGAGAGAAGUAAAGGACCACCUUGCCGCUAUAGAUGCUGGAGUAUCAAGUCCUCUGGCAGAGUUUGCAUUCACUGUGAACCGGCAGAAGGAACGAAAUCGGUAUACAGAUUUCUUCGAGACUGUUUUCUACGGAAGCAGUCCCAGUCCGACGCUAGUAAGCGAUGUUCAUAGGCUGUUACCAGAACAGAGUAGGCGUAGCAAUACUAUCGUAGAGCAUACGCUGGUAGUAGGUGGGCAUGUCGUUCCCAAACGGUCGCAAGCGCAGCAGCAAAGAAGUAUUGAUGAGCAGCUGUAUGACAGUGACGUGUAUGCACAAAGAUCUUUAGCACUGCAAGCACCACGAACAGGCACCUCGAGGCCAUGUAGUCGGAAUGAAAUCCACCGCACUAUUCCUACAAGUUCGACUCAUAAAAAUUCUCGCAAGAAUGAACGAUCCAUGCACAAACCCGGUUUUGACGGUGAAAACGUCCCAAGACUUAGAGGCGGCGCUGGAACUCAUCAAGUACGUCUUGGAUACGGCCUGUUAUUCAAACAGCUACUACUCACAUGCCACCGACCCGACUCCGACUCUAGCAGCGACACUGAAGACUCACCAGUUCGAAUCCCAGACCCAACCCACAUAGCCCGAACAAUGCGCAGAGCACAGGGUAUUGCGCGCCUUCCAAAGAACCUUUCUCGCGCACCUACCACAUCCUGUACGACAGGAAGCUCUUCCAGCAACGCCUCUUCUCUGCAACAUGCCCUGUAUUCCUUGCGCCUCCCCCUUCCUUCCCCGACUCAACCUCGCGGUCAGGACUCUCCUAUCAAUUCUCCCUACCCUUCGUCUACACCUCCAGCUAUCGUACCCUGUCUCAGAGGCGGUGGGGGUUCCCCAUCUGCGCUCCGCGACCAAGACAAUCUGCAGCCAACGCUGGUGUGGCUUGCGGGCGGGAAAAGGAAGAUUACGACGGUUGCAAAAUGGAAGAAAAAGAAGCCGAAGGUUAGGAUGGGAGGGAUGCUGGGGUGGGCUAUGUAUGGAUCGAGGGCUGGGGAGGUGCGUGGACAGGGAACGGGGGAGGGGAAGAAUGCAAAGUAUGCAGGUGGUGAUGGUGGCGUGGCAAAGGUGCAAGACAGUACACCAAAAGAGACGCAGAGAGUUGCGGUAGGAGAGAAGAAAGAAGGUGCGCCCCAGGAUCCGGCGCCAGAAGCUGUUGAAGGAGAAGCGGUACCGUCGGUUAAUGAGGUUGGUACUGAGAAAUGA